GCCUUGCGUCAUAUCAUGAGAGAGUGACAGAGAAAGAGAGGGAGAGAGGGGUUGGAGAGACACGCGCACACACAUACUCACCGCUCUGGAUCCGCGAGCUUCACCGAACUGACAGUCCACAUCUUACACUGCUGACUCUAACGGCGGAGCCCUUCAGACAUGGCGGGGCUUCGUUGAGAGGGACAGAAGAUCUCCAAGCAUUACCGUUCACCGAACAGUUUGUUAUCGGACACGCGUCUCCCGCAGCCCUCCUUAUGCACAGCUGCGACGCGGAGAAACGGCAGCAGCGCUGAAAGAGUCGAAGAAAGAGAACGAGAGUGAUUUUUACCCCCUUGAACGGACAAUGGCGGACCGCGAUGCGCUGCCCCUUCCACUGGAAGUGCGGGCCAGAUUGGCUGAGCUGGAGCUGGAGCUAUCCGAAGGUGACAUCACUCAGAAAGGAUAUGAGAAGAAGAGGUCAAAACUGCUCAGGGCGUAUCUGCCACACCCUCCAGGGCUGGAGGCAUCCAUCGCACACGAGCGCAGACCACCCAUGGCGCCCUCCGCUUCACGAUACCACCGUAGACGCUCCUCUGGCACCCGUGAUGAACGUUACCGAUCAGAUGUCCACACAGAAGCAGUUCAGGCAGCACUAGCCAAACACAAGGAGAGGAAGAUGGCCGUUCCCAUGCCGUCCAAACGACGAUCUCUAGUGGUACAGACCUCUAUGGAUGCCUACACCCCCCCAGGCUUCUCCCCCCUCUCCUCUCUGCCCCCCCUGACAGACACCUCGUCCGGCUCGGAGGAGGAGGGCGGCCAGGGCGAGGGUACCCCCACCUCCAGCCAGGGCAGCGUCAGCAUGGAGCACUGGAUCAGCCGGGCCAUCCACCAGGGUUCCACCACCUCCUCCUCCUCAUCUUCGACGCAGAGUGGGGGCAGCGGAGCCGCCGGGCGCCUGGCUGACGUCCUGGCUCAAACACAUGUUGGCAAAUCAGGGCCGAUCGCUCACCUCUCGUUGAAGAGGAAAACUAUGCUCGGCAUAGCGGAGAAUGGAAACUCGCUGCGGCGCUCCUGUGAGUUUGGAUCAGAUCUUCUCUGGCCGCCGCCCUUGGAGUCGGAUGAGAAUCACUCAGCCCCUCCAGACGUCACAACCUACACCUCCGAACAUCCCGUUCAGGUGGAGAGGCCACAGGUGUCCACCAUACCCCGGACCACACCCAAAUAUGGCAACGCCAAACUCAUGGAGACCGGAGAUGGAGUCCCAGUUAGCAGUCGUGUUUCAGCUAAAAUCCAGCAACUAGUAAACACGUUAAAGCAGCCCAGGCGACCUCCACUUCGAGAGUUUUUUGUUGAUGAUUUUGAAGAGCUCCUAGAAGUCCAGCAGCCCGACCCCAACCAGCCACGACCGGAGGGCGCUCAGAUGGUCGCCAUUCGAGGGGAACCGCUGGGAGUGGUCACUAAUUGGCCACCAUCGUUAGAAGCUGCACUGCAACGCUGGGGGACCAUCUCGCCCAAAGCACCCUGCCUGACUACCAUGGACACCAACGGCAAACCUCUCUAUGUCCUUACUUACGGCAAGCUUUGGUCUCGGAGCAUUAAAGUAGCGUACAACAUCCUCCACAAACUGGGCACCAAGCAGGAACCUAUGGUCCGACCAGGAGACCGGGUGGCUCUUGUGUUCCCCAACAACGAUCCAGCCGCCUUUAUGGUCGCCUUUUAUGGCUGCCUGCUGGCAGAGGUGGUGCCCGUACCCAUCGAAGUGCCACUUACCCGAAAGGAUGCAGGAAGUCAACAGAUCGGCUUUCUCCUGGGCAGUUGUGGGGUUACUGUAGCUCUGACCAGUGAUGCCUGCCACAAAGGCCUUCCAAAAGGACCCACUGGUGAAAUACCACAGUUCAAAGGAUGGCCGAAGCUGCUAUGGUUUGUUACGGAAUCCAAACACCUGUCCAAGCCGCCCCGUGAUUGGUUCCCUCACAUAAAAGAUGCAAAUAAUGACACCGCCUACAUAGAGUAUAAGACCUGUAAAGAUGGGAGUGUUUUGGGUGUGACGGUGACACGGAUCGCACUUCUUACACAUUGCCAGGCUCUAACACAGUCAUGUGGAUACACAGAGGCUGAAAUCAUAGUGAAUGUAUUGGAUUUUAAAAAGGAUGUGGGUUUGUGGCACGGCAUUCUAACUAGUGUCAUGAACAUGAUGCAUGUAAUCAGCAUCCCGUACUCGCUGAUGAAGGUCAACCCUCUGUCCUGGAUCCAGAAAGUGUGUCAAUACAAAGCUAAAGUAGCUUGUGUCAAGUCCAGGGAUAUGCACUGGGCUCUGGUCGCUCACCGAGAUCAGAGAGACAUCAACCUGAGCUCCCUGCGCAUGCUGGUGGUGGCCGACGGAUCCAACCCAUGGUCCAUCUCAUCGUGUGACGCGUUCCUCAAUGUCUUCCAGAGUAAAGGUCUGCGGCCAGAGGUCAUCUGUCCAUGUGCCAGCUCAGCUGAAGCCCUCACCGUGGCCAUCAGGAGGCCUACAGAUGACAGUAACCAGCCACCGGGUCGAGGAGUGCUGUCUAUGCAGGGUCUGAGCUACGGUGUCAUCAGAGUGGACUCAGAGGAGCGUCUCUCCGUACUCACCGUACAGGAUGUGGGCACCGUGAUGCCAGGAGCUCUGAUGUGUGUGGUCAAACCAGAGGGAGUUCCUCAGCUGUGCCGAACAGAUGAGAUCGGAGAGCUGUGUGUGUGUUCCAUCGCCACGGGAAUGUCAUAUUAUGGGCUCUCUGGCAUGACAAAAAACACCUUUGAGGUUUUCCCCAUGAGCAGUUCGGGGGCUCUUAUCAGCGAGUACCCCUUCACUCGGACAGGGCUGCUGGGCUUCAUAGGCCCAGGUGGGCUGGUGUUUGUUUCUGGAAAGAUGGACGGGCUGAUGGUGGUGAGCGGACGGAGACACAACGCUGACGAUAUCGUCGCAACAGCGCUGGCAGUGGAGCCCAUGAAGUUUGUGUACAGGGGCAGGAUAGCGGUAUUUUCUGUGACGGUCCUGCAUGACGAGAGAAUUGUGGUUGUAGCUGAACAGCGGCCGGACUCCACAGAAGAGGACAGCUUCCAGUGGAUGAGUCGUGUGCUGCAGGCGAUAGACAGUAUCCACAACGUCGGGGUGUUUUGUUUGGCUUUGGUGCCCGCUAACACCCUUCCCAAGACUCCUCUGGGAGGGAUCCACCUGUCGGAGACCAAGCAGCUGUUUUUGGAAGGCUCCCUACAUCCCUGUAACGUCCUAAUGUGCCCUCACACCUGCGUCACCAACCUGCCCAAACCCAGACAGAAACAGCCAGAGAUUGGACCCGCCUCUGUGAUGGUAGGAAACCUGGUCUCAGGGAAGAGGAUCGCUCAGGCCAGCGGCAGAGAUCUGGGGCAGAUCGAAGACAAUGAUCAGGCAAGAAAGUUCCUCUUCCUGUCUGAGGUGUUGCAGUGGAGAGCCCAGACCACCCCAGAUCACGUGCUCUUCACCCUCCUCAGCUCAAAGGGAGCAGUCCUGAGCUCACUGACGUGUCUUCAGUUGCAUAAGCGGGCGGAGAAGAUCGCAGCCAUGUUGAUGGAGCGAGGCCACCUGCAGGACGGUGAUCAUGUUGCGCUGGUGUACCCGCCUGGUAUCGAUUUGAUUGCUGCCUUUUACGGUUGCCUGUAUGCCGGCUGUGUACCAAUUACAGUGCGACCCCCUCAUCCGCAGAACAUUGCCACUACCCUGCCCACUGUGAAAAUGAUUGUGGAAGUGAGCCGAUCGUCUUGUGUGAUGACCUCACAGGUCAUUUCCAAGCUCCUGAAGUCAAAGGAAGCGUCUGCCGCUGUGGACGUCAGGGCAUGGCCUCCUGUUCUGGACACAGAUGAUCUGCCAAAGAAGAAGCCCCCUCAGCUCUACAAACCCUCCAAUCCAGACACGCUGGCUUACUUGGACUUCAGCGUCUCCACUACUGGGAUGCUUGCAGGAGUAAAGAUGUCCCACACAGCCACCAGUGCCUUUUGCCGUUCUAUAAAGCUCCAGUGUGAGUUGUAUCCCUCUCGUGAGGUAGCCAUCUGCCUGGAUCCGUACUGUGGCCUCGGCUUUGUCCUCUGGUGCCUCUGCAGUGUGUAUUCAGGCCAUCAGUCCAUCUUGAUUCCCCCGUCCGAGCUGGAGGUGAACCCUGCUCUGUGGCUGCUGGCUGUCAGUCAGUUUCGGGUCAGAGACACGUUCUGUUCAUACUCCGUCAUGGAGCUUUGCACCAAGGGGUUGGGCCUGCAGACCGAAUCUCUCAAGUCCCGUGGACUUGACCUGUCCCGCGUAAGGACGUGUGUGGUUGUAGCCGAGGAAAGGCCCAGGAUAGCCCUCACCCAGUCCUUCUCCAAGCUUUUUAAGGACCUGGGCUUGCACCCGCGAGCUGUCAGCACUUCCUUCGGAUGUAGAGUGAACCUGGCCAUAUGCCUGCAGCCCCACAGACUCGGGAAGCUUGCAGAUCAGGGGACAUCUGGACCAGACCCGACUACUGUGUACGUGGACAUGAGAGCUCUACGCCACGACAGAGUGCGUCUGGUCGAGCGAGGCUCCCCACACAGUCUCCCCCUCAUGGAGUCUGGAAAGAUUUUACCUGGAGUUCGAAUCAUCAUCGCCAAUCCUGAGACGAAGGGUCCGCUGGGAGACUCCCAUCUAGGGGAGAUCUGGGUCCACUGUGCCCAUAAUGGCAGCGGUUACUUCACAGUGUACGGCGAUGAGGCCCUGCAAUCUGAUCACUUCAACUCACGCUUGAGCUUCGGAGACACGCAGACCGUAUGGGCGCGCACCGGCUACCUGGGCUUCCUCCGCAGGACCGAACUCACAGAUGCAAGUGGAGAGCGGCAUGACGCUCUGUAUGUAGUGGGUGCUCUGGAUGAAGCCAUGGAGCUGAGAGGAAUGAGGUAUCACCCCAUCGACAUAGAGACCUCUGUGAUACGCACCCACAAGAGCAUCAUGGAAUGUGCUGUGUUUCCCUGGACCAACCUGCUGGUGGUGGUCGUGGAGCUGGAAGGUUCGGAACAGGAAGCUUUGGAUCUGGUUCCUUUAGUCACCAACGCGGUCCUGGAGGAGCACUACCUGAUUGUAGGUGUGGUGGUGGUGGUGGACAUCGGCGUCAUUCCCAUCAACUCUCGCGGAGAGAAACAGAGGAUGCACCUGCGAGACGGCUUUCUAGCCGAUCAGCUGGACCCCAUUUAUGUGGCAUAUAACAUGUAGCAUGAGUGUACGCGUGGAUGGAUGUUCGUGGCACAUGACCACUUGGACGAUCUACGAUCUUCUGUGAAUGGACACUUACUGAAAGAAACUAAACAGAAAAAUGGUUUGACAGAAGGAUUCAGUCUCCUGAAGGGAAGAAGAAUCGCCUUUGCUUCUGCUUGUGUGCGCGUCGCUUUGUUUUCACGUGAGGUGUUGCGACAUCAUUCAUUUUUAUCCCGCCCUACACGAGCGAAGCCUAUUUUUAAAUAUCUGCAUACUGUGGCGAAAUGUGCAUUUUAAGUUUCCCGAUGAUUUGGAGUAACUUGUUGAAAGUAGACAUGCUAUCAAACACACUGGACGCCAUUCCUGUCCAUUUAAAAAAAAAAAAAAAGGUACAACAUCAACUUGUUACAUUUGUAUGUACGUGGCAGCCGUCCUUCAGCAACUUGCCGGUUUAGUUUUUCAACCUUUGUAAAUGUUCUCAAAGAGCAGGACGCAAAAACUGAGAAAAACCGUCCCCUGCUUUUUCCGAUUCCUCCAUGUUUAAUAUCAUUGUACAAAGCUGAAGGUGAACACAAAGUCGGUUGAUAUUGUGUAAUUAUGUACAGAUAAUAGUUCUUAUUUAUUUUGCUCUUUUUAGAACUGGUGAGCGAAGACAUUUGGAAAUGUUUUCCUCAUUAAAUAAUAUUGCUGAUAUAAAACAUUGUAUCAUCUUGAGUGAGUAGUAUCACAUCAAGUCUAUGUAAAAAUAUAAAUAUACAAACAAAUAUAUAUAUAAAAAAUAAAAAUAUAUAUAUAAAAUAAGAUCUACGAAUCACCAAUGAUGCAUUUCUAAUGCAGUACAUCCCACUUGCAUGGUGUCUGUUGUAGAGAGAAUCAACUGACCAAUCGAACGGUUAAUAAAUUCGACCAAUCGAACGGUUAAUAAUAGGAACUCAUAGGACUUUCAAGAUGAUGUCAAACAUGCGGAACAAAUGCUUCAGGUUUUCUAAUGGAUACUAAAACGCUACGCCCUUUCCGAGAGAAAACGAACCCUAAAAAUGUGCCUGGAAUCUAGUUUACAUUUGCUUUUAUGACUAAUCUGCACCGCGAUUUGUUGUGUUUUUAUUUGCUUGGAUAGUUUUUUUUUUUACUUGUUUUAUAUCAUUUUUGGGUGACUGCAUCCUUAUUUAUUGACAAGCAUUUUACACAAUUGCGUUUUUGUUUACUGCUCAAACAUCACAUUUGUUACCAUUCGUAAGCGUUCGAAUCAUAAUUUAACGGACUAACACAGAUUUUGGUAUUUUCACAAAAUAACUUUUACGUUAGUGCCAAACGGUUUACUUUCAACCCCGAUCAGCUCACGUGAAAUGGAUCAAGUUCUUGUUUUUAAUCGGCUUAUGUGGGGAAAUCGCCUACAUGCUAAAUAAAUGCCGGCAUAUUGUUGGCACAAGCAAUAUGGGCAAAGCAUGAAACAUGACCUACUGGCUAUAAUAAUGCAAACAAUAGUGAAGAGAGAAAAAAGAAGCGUGCCAUUAUUCUUCAUUGUACCAGCUGCAUUAGAAGUACGCAUUUUCUGAGCACCAUUCAAUCGCCAUGACAAAACGGAGCAGGCCUAUUCAGGAUUUUCUUCUUUUCUUUUCCACAUCCUGCCUCAGCGAUUGAGAACACGGCAAGCAUUUGACAAUAAUUUUGCAGUCAGAUAUCAGCACCCUCUGGCCUCCUUGAGGUCUGUCUUUAUUUAACGCAACCUUUCAUUUCAUGUCAUUGACGUCAAUUCUGUGUCCAGGAACUGAGUUUACCCUUAUUCAGACAGCAACGAUGCAAAGUUUCCUUUUUUUUUGUCUGUUUGUUUUUAAAAGAUGAAGGAAAGAUGUCUUAACCUGUUCGGAAACUUUAUUGUUGUCAUUCCCAUACAAGCAGGAAUGUUUCCCCAUUUUGAAAAGGAAAAAAAAAUGUGCACACAACUUUCAACCUGUGAAGUUAUUUCCCUUUUUUUUUUUUUGGAAAUCUGGACUUAAGUGAGAGAGUCUGCAUGGUGUAUGUAAAUAUUGUUGGUUAGAGAAAAAAAAUACAAAAAAAAUUAUUUUGUAUGGUGCAGGUGUGUUUGAAAUUCUGUUUUGUACACGAUUAAAAGUAUUAAAUUACACUUUUAUAGAA